AAGGCGUCGAGCGGAGCGCGCGUGCGACGGCGUCCGCGAGUGGAGCCAGGACUGACCGACCGACCGCAAGCCUUUGGGGGGGAGGGGUAGCCUGCGAACAGCAUGGCGGCUGGGCGCGAGCCCCCGCCGCCGCCGCCUCCUCUUCCUCGUCAUCAUCUUCCUCGGUUCCCUGCCAGCCCCUUGGCCACCGCCGCUCGAGCGUCGAGGCCCACCGACCUCCUUCUCCCUCUGCCCCGCUGACUGACACAAGAGUGGAAAAAGAAGAGAUACACGGGGAAGGAAGGAAAGAAGCCUCGCCCUACCCGGCCCAUCCCGGCCAUGGAGCUCGCCAAGCCGGUUUUCCCCGCGCUGCCGCAGCCCAAAGAGGACUCCGAGAACCUCACUAUUUUGACUGGUCUUAUAUUCAAAUGAGAAAAUGUGUUUUAUUUCUUCCACUUAGGAUUGGACAUAUCCAAUGAGAAGAGAGAUGCAGGAAAUUUUGCCUGGCUUAUUCUUAGGCCCAUACUCUUCAGCUAUGAAAAGCAAGCUACCUACACUUCAGAAACAUGGGAUCACUCAUGUAAUAUGCAUAAGACAAAACAUUGAAGCAAACUUUAUUAAACCAAACUUCCAGCAGUUAUUUAGGUAUUUGGUCUUGGAUAUUGCUGAUAAUCCCAUUGAAAAUAUUAUAAGGUUUUUCCCAAUGACUAAGGAGUUUAUUGAUGGGAGUUUACAAACUGGAGGAAAAGUUCUUGUGCAUGGGAACGCAGGGAUUUCUAGAAGUGCUGCCUUAGUUAUUGCAUAUAUUAUGGAAACAUUUGGUGUGAAGUACAGGGAUGCAUUUACAUAUGUGCAAGAAAGAAGGUUUUGUAUUAAUCCCAAUGCUGGAUUUGUUCAUCAACUUCAGGAAUACGAAGCCAUCUAUCUAGCAAAGUUAACUAUCCAGAUGAUGUCACCUCGGCAGCUGGAGCGAUCACUCUCAGUUACUACAGGAAGUCUGAAACGAACACAUGAAGAGGAGGAAGAAAGCAGUGUACAAGCAGCAGCUCAGAAUGGUUGACAGCUGAAGAUACCUGGACUUGAUUGUUGGGAGUUUUAUAGCAGCUUCUAAUCUUGGCAAGAUGAACAACCAGAUAUGAAUUUAAAAAUGGAAGAUGAUUCUAACUUCCUUAUGCAAACCUGUUCCUUCAGUAGCAUACAAGGCAACAUUUUUAAGGUAUUAGAUUCCUUGAUUGACUAGAAGGCACUGAUUGUUUUAUUGUUUUUUUUUUACACUUUAUAGUUUUACCCUUACCCCAAAGUUUUUGACUUGCAAAGAGGUAUUAUUGCAAUAAUGCACUUUUCAUACUUGAAAUUUAUUUGUAUUGAUAAAAUUAUUACUUAAGCAAAA